UUCCUGGCAGCGAGACGUUCGAUCAACCACUGCACAAGAUACUUUGUAGUGACCAAAGUCUUCAAAAAAACAUAGUACGGCUUAGUCAAAAUGGUCCGGUCAACACAGAUCGCAAGGAUUGAUGGCCUAAUGCUGGCUGCGUCUGUGGACGAUGAGCAGGCAGAAACAGAGUUGGCUCAAGUGAAGUCGCAAGCCAAGAUGAUCUUUCGCCGGUUGAAUCGCAAUUCCGCUCCGCAGGCUAGUAUCGAAUCUGGGCAAUACAAUUUACACUACCUCGUCAAAGACGACAUCUGUUUCCUUUCCAUAUGCGACCAGUCAUACCCUCGCAAGCUUGCCUUCACCUAUCUCGCUGACGUCGCCUCGGAAUUCACCACGACCUAUUCUCCGGCCCAGUACCACUCCCCAAAACUGCGACCCUAUGCCUUCGUCGAGUUCGACACCUUCAUUCAGCGUACCAAGAAGCUGUACCAGGACAGCCGUGCAUCGCAAAACCUCGACCGGGUAAACGAUGAACUAAAGGAUGUCACAAAGGUUAUGACCAAGAACAUUGAGGAUCUGUUGUAUCGUGGAGACAGCUUGGAGCGGAUGGGCGAAUUGUCUGGGCGCUUGCGGGAGGACAGCAAAAAGUACAAGAAGGCUGCAGUGCGCAUUAACUGGGAGUUGUUGUUGAAACAGUACGGGCCGUUUGCCGGUGUCGGAUUGAUCAUAUUCAUCUUGCUUUUGUGGCGCUUCUUCUAGUUUGUUCACGACAGUUCUCUCUUCGUAUACCCGCAUGUAUACUGUACACAUACUUAAUUUGCUCGGUGGAUGCAGGACAUGGCCACUUCAUGAAUCAGUCAAAUUAGCAUAAAAUGCGUUUCGAUAGAUA